AUGGGAAACAGGCAGAGCAAACUUUCUCAGGAACAGCUUUCUCAGCUGCAGAAAGAUACCCACUUCGACAAGAAGGAACUGCAGCAAUGGUAUAAAGGUUUCCUAAAGGACUGCCCGAGCGGCAUGCUUUCUAAGGAAGAGUUCCAAAAGAUCUACAAACAAUUCUUUCCUUUCGGCGAUCCGACGUCAUUUGCGGACUAUGUGUUCAAUGUGUUCGAUAGCGAUAAGUCCGGCUCAAUAGACUUCAAGGAAUUCAUAUGUGCUUUGAGCGUUACCUCAAGAGGGAAGAUGGAAGACAAGCUGGACUGGGCGUUUCAACUUUACGAUAUCGACGGAGACGGAAAGAUCAGCUAUGAUGAGAUGCUGCAAAUCGUUGAAGCCAUUUACAAAAUGGUCGGCUCGAUGGUGAAGCUUCCGCCAGAUGAAGAUACACCUGAGAAGCGGGUGCGCAAGAUCUUCCGUAUGAUGGACAAAGACGAGAAUGGCUCUCUGGACAUGGCAGAAUUCAAAGAAGGCAGUAAACGAGACGAGACCAUUGUCUCGGCGUUAUCCUUGUAUGAUGGCUUGGUGUAA